CGCGCACCUGGGCUCGGGCGUCAGCCGAGCGGUCCUGCGGAUGCCGACUAGGGGAGGGGGCCGAACUAACUUAAGCCGAGGCUGUCGUGUGCAGAAUCGGCGCAGGGGGUUGCUUAACCCGACCUCGUUCUGCCGCAGAGCCGUGCGGGGCACUGAAGCUGGGGCAGGCCCGGCUUGGGCUGCGAGCCGGUGGACGCCCAGCUCAGGACCCUCAGGCCUCUGCCUGUGCCUGGAAGAGCAUGGAAGAGCGGGAUGAGAAGCCCCCAGAGACCCUGAAGACCUGUGUGCAGGACUCUCCUCUUGCUCAAGAGAUUAUCGUUAAGGUCGAGAGAGAAGAUGCCGGAUCACUGGCCCUUCCAUCCCAGGAAGGAGUGAACUUCAAAAUUGUGACUGUGGAUUUCACUCAGAAGGAAGAAAGCACUUUGAACCCUGCUCAGAGGAUCCUGGACAGAGAUAUGAUCCUAGAGAAACACAGGGACCUGGUCUCUUGGGACUUGGCAAUGGCACUUGGAAGAAGAGAAUCAACCUCAAAGCAGAACAUUUUUGAUGAAGAACCAUCCCAUGGAGUAAAGUUGGAAAGGUUGACAAGAGAUGAUCCUUGGUUGUCUUCGUGCGAAGAAGUUCAGGAUUAUAAGGACCAUUUGGAAAAGCAACAGGAAAGGCAAGAGAGACCUUUGAAGGAAAUAGCCUUUACUCCCAGGAAAGCAGUUACUUAUGAGAAGGUCUAUAAAAGCGAACUUGAAGAGAAGAGUGGUCUGAAUUCCAGUUUUCUUUCACCCCAGAUGAUACCCAUAAGAAGCCAUUUUCAUAAACAUGCCUCACAUGUUAAAAAAUUGCAUUAUAAUUCUAUUGUAAACACUCAUGAGAAGAUUAAUGACAGUGAGAAACACUGUGACAAUAAUGAAUGUGGAAACCCUGACCAGAACAUUCACCUUACUCAGUUUACAAGAACUCAAACAGGAGAUAAAUCCUAUGGAUUUAGGGAUAGUAUUCAAUCUUUUAGCCAUGAUGUACCUCUAAACAUACAUCAGAAAAUACACGCAAGAGGAAGGUCCUUAGAUUUUAAGGAAUGUGGGCAAGUUUUGAACCACAGUAUAACCCAUAAUGAACAACAGAGAAUACCUGUUGAAGAGAGUCAGUAUAACUGUGGUAAAACCUCCCAGAGUUCAUCCCUUGCUCAAAACCUGAGAAACCAUUCUGAAGAGAAACCCUUUGAAUGUAAUCAGUGUGGGAAAUCCUUCAGCUGGAGCUCUCAUCUUGUUGCACAUCAGAGAACUCAUACAGGGGAGAAACCUUAUGAAUGUAAUGAGUGUGGGAAAUCCUUCAGCCGGAGCUCUCACCUUGUUUCUCACCAGAGAACUCAUACUGGAGAGAAACCUUACAGAUGUAAUCAGUGUGGGAAAGCUUUUAGCCAGAGCUAUGUUCUUGUGGUGCACCAGAGAACUCAUACUGGAGAGAAGCCCUAUGAAUGCAAUCAGUGUGGGAAGUCAUUCAGGCAGAGCUACAAACUUAUUGCCCAUCAAAGAACUCACACAGGAGAGAAGCCCUAUGAAUGCAGCCAGUGUGGGAAAUCAUUUAUCCAGAGCUAUAAGCUUAUUGCACAUCAAAGAAUUCAUACUGGAGAGAAACCCUAUGAGUGCAAUCAGUGUGGGAAGUCCUUUAGUCAAAGUUACAAACUGGUUGCCCAUCAGAGAACUCACACAGGAGAAAAACCCUUUGAAUGUAAUCAGUGUGGAAAAUCCUUCAGCUGGAGCUCUCAGCUUGUUGCCCAUCAAAGAACUCAUACUGGUGAGAAACCCUAUGAAUGUAAUGAGUGUGGGAAAUCUUUCAACCGCAGUUCUCACCUGGUUAUGCAUCAGAGAACUCAUACUGGAGAAAAGCCCUAUGAAUGUAACCAGUGUGGGAAGUCCUUUAGCCAGAGUUAUGUUCUUGUUGUACAUCAGAGAACUCACACUGGAGAAAAGCCCUACGAGUGCAAUCAGUGUGGGAAGUCCUUCAGGCAGAGUUCAUGCCUUACUCAACAUCAAAGAACUCAUACUGGAGAGAAACCCUAUGAAUGUAAUCAGUGUGGGAAAACAUUCAGCUUGAGUGCUCGACUUAUUGUACAUCAAAGAACUCAUACUGGAGAAAAGCCCUUUACAUGUAAUCAGUGUGGGAAAGCUUUCAUUAAUAGUUCUAAACUUAUUAGGCAUCAGGCAACUCAUACUGAGGAGAAACCCUAUGAAUGUAACUAGUUUGGAAGCCUUUCAGCCAGCAUAUUCUUUUUUUUUUUUUCCUUUUUCUUAACUUCUUUCUCCUUCCU